UUCGUGGCGCUGCCACUCAGGAGAACCGUUCGUUUACCGUUGAAUCGCUCGGUGCUUUCUAGCUGUCACGUGUCAAUCACGAGAACCGUCUCUGCCAAAACUUUCGCACGUGUUGGGUCCCGCUUUGGCCCUUACCAUGCCUCCGAGUUCUAUGGUCUCUUGUUUUCUCUGGUUUGAUGAUGGCGAUGGCGGGACUGAUCUAGAGAAGGCAACAUCACCGAGCUCAAAAGCUUCCUUCCAAUUUCCCUGUAAUGGACACAACAAUUAAUUCGUCCAGACGAUCAAACCAAAUUGGCGUUCUCUUUAAGUUUCAAAUCUGCUCAAUUCAGUAGGACUUAAUCUUCAUUUCCUCGAAGUAGGGAUCCGAAUUCCAAAUAUGAAGAGUUUAUGAAGAUAUUAGAUUGGUGUCUAUUCAAUAUUUAUCCAGUUUGGCUGGAACAGUGUCGGAAUUACAAUUGCAUUCUCUGGUUCUUAUAGAUCUUGUCUGAUCAUGUUUUUGUCCUCCCUUCAUGAUGGUUCUAGCCAUAGUAGUGGUUUAUACGAACAAAUCUGUAUUGCCGUUUCAAAUGUAAUGGAGUACUAAUUAACAAAGAGUCCACUUCCGGCAUCAAGUAUUCAAUUUCACUUCAAUGGGAGACUCACUUCAGGGUUCUGUUAUUAGUAGAAAUUCUAAAGCAAUUGGCUUAGUUGCUGGGAAAACAGUUUCUAAAAAAGAUCCAGUUGCAUCUGGCCCUAAAGCUCUUCCACGGAGUACUUAUAAGAACAUAGCUUCAUUAAGCAGUAGAAAUGGUGGCGGUGCAGCUGGUCAUAUAGCAAUUUUCUUAAUUAAACUUGCAGCCUUAGAGGCAGUACGAAGAGUUUCAAGGGCCAAGUGUCCAUAUAUUUGGCGCGGACUUCAAGCUUUGCAAGUUCUAUGCUAUCCACCUCUUAAGUGGAUUCAGAGAUGGGCUCCCUUAAGAGGACUAGUUACAGGGAUGCAGAUGCUGUCAAGGCCAUUAUUAGUGCUUUCAGUUACAACUGCUGUUACCGAACAUUCAGACAGCAGGAGUGAAAACUCGGAUAGUGUCAGUGUUUCCCAUGAAUAUUCAGAAUUACAUUCUGAGAUAUCAUCGUUGCAGUAUCCCUUGGAUGGAAGGGUUGAUGAUGAAACUCCUGGAAGUCUAGCAUCUGAAGAUUGGUUAAUACGAGUCCACAGAGAGCUCGAAAAUCAGGGGAUUAGCUUACCAGAAAGAAUCAAUGAGGAUGAGCUUCGUAGAUUUUAUGCUGCUGCAAAUGGUGACUUUUCAUGUUUGUUAUCGUCUAUUAAAAAGACCAUCCGUUGGAGGGACGCUUACAGAAUUCUUUCUGAAGUGGAACUUGAGCAAUGGUCAAGUAUGGUUUUCUGGCAUGGAUUUGAUGUGAAGAACCGGCCUUGUCUUGUCGUACGACUUGGGCAGGCUUGCUUAAACUUGCCUUCUCAUGAGAGACCUCGCUUUGCUCAAGCAGUUGUAUCUCAGGUGGAACACGGAGUCCUACAUUUAGUUGAUCCAGAAAAUCGUGAAAUUACAGUUUUGGUAGAUUGUGAAGGACUAUCUCCAUUAAGAAUUCCCAUGCAUAUGAUGAGGUCUUGUUCUUCCCUUCUCCAAGAUCACUUUCCUAACCAUCUUGGCUGUUUAUUUGUGAUACGCCUUCCUGCUGUUGUUCGAGUCAUUGCUCAGACUUUUAUUCAAGUUCUGAAGCCUGUCACUCGGAGGAAGUUAAAAAUUGAAGGUGAAAUGUUCUGCAAGGUUCUCUUUGAGCAUCUUCAAACCCUUCCAUCAUAUCUAGGUGGUCAUUGUACAUGUACAAUAUGUUCAAAUAUGAGCAACCGAAACAUUCAGUCGCUUGCAAACGGUGCCAAUUGGAUAGGACGGUCACAUGCAAGUAACUACGUAGCAAACAUAGCAGUGAAUGAUAGUGAGGAUAUUUCAACUCCUCAUCUUGUUUUUCAAGAUGAUGUUGACGUGAAUGGUAACUGUGACCAGAUUUUAAGGACGGCUGUAAUAAGUUUGCUUAUGUUGUGGGUUUUGAUAGCUUUAAUAGCCGGAAUCUAUGAUCCUGAAAGCCGUCCCUCUUACCUUGCAUGAGUUGUAAGUCGGAUAUUGGUCCUUUGAAUUGCUUCCUCAAUGCCAGGUGCCAAUUAUUGAGAUUGUGGCUCAUAUUUGAGAGAACACCAUGCUCACAGCAAGCUUCAGGGAAGGGGUCAUACAGAAUAUAUUCGCUUUAGAUUACAUAAAUAGAUUAUAAAUUUUAAUUCUAGGUACCUAUAAAUUAUUAUACUAUUUGGGAAUCCAUUGUUUAAGUUUUAGUAACUUCAGUAUUUUAUUAUUAGUAGUA